AUGAAUAACAACAGAAUUUCAGCUUUGGCAUUCCCAGAUCUAACGGAUCUAACACAACCAGGUGAAAUUCCAAACUUUUUCGUUCAACACUACGCAUUGUUGAUUGCGCCGGUUGUUAUUCAUAUGUACAAGUUCCCCACACGAUUCCAUAUUGGCUAUGCUCUGAUGUCUACUGGUAUCUGUGGAUUGGCACACCACGUCGUCUUUGAAAUCUGUAGUUUGAUCAGUGGAAUCAAUAUCAACUACAUGCUUUUCCCACCACCACUCGGAUUCGACUUGAACGAAUUGCUACUCGACUUGACAGGUGGUCGUGUCACAGCGAACGUCUAUCGUUGUAUUAUCGGUCCACUCCUGAAUCUACUGUCAUGGCCACUCGGUGCUAUCGCCAUUGCCACCGCAAACUUUAUUGCAUACUCACUUUACAACAUAAGAUUAGGUGAAAACAUAAAACAAAAAGUAAAUUAA